AUGCCAGCACAGACACGCUCGCGCGGGAAGACACCUGCAACUGCAACUGCAACUGCAAGUAAGACCCUCAAGUCUACCGCUGCAGCCCCGAAACAACAAGAGUUCCCUCACCGCCGACGAUCAGUCAAGAAGACCUAUGGCCGAUCCACCCCUGCACGUGUCCUAAGACAAGGGACCCUCACUCAGAUGGAUUUCACCUCUUCGGCAACGCAGGACUUCGUCGAUCUCGACAAUGACGAGGAAGAGAACGAGGUUCCUGUGCUCGCCGAGAGUGCGAACCCGAAGCGGAAGGCCCGGGGAAAUCGGCGAAAGACCGCGGGUGACGAGCUGGAUGGCGAGGAAAAGCAGAAGCCUUCGAAGCGACGGAAGACUCUAGGAGAUGCUCCCAGUGCAAGCGCUUCGAGCAGCUUUCAUACGCAGACCUUGACCCAGUUUCUUUCCAACCAAGAAGAGAAACAGGACAUCUGGCAGGUUGAUGACUCGGAGGAUGACGAAGAUCUCGCCCUGGUCAUGGAACCUCCCAACAAAGGCAAAGAUGACCAUGCAUCAGAAGGUCGUCAAGGAGAUCCCAUGUCCGCGGUGCCGACCCUGAUCAAAUCGGUCACCCCUUCGAACCGUCAAAAGAGAACCGAGAUCCCGUCUUCCCAGUCGCCCGCCACGCCCAUGUUGAUGCGCUACAGCCCAGCACCGCGUCAGUCACCCUUGAAGUCCAAGUCCACGAAUGCCGGAGCACCCUCUCCGAUACUCAAGAAGCUGCAGAAGACCCCGAGGAAUCUGGUGAUCGCCGACUCGUAUAGCACCUCUCACAGCUCUCCUACCACGCCCACUCCCAAGUCCACUGUCAAGGCAACGCCGUCGAAAAGGAUACGUUUCGACUUACCAGAGGACAAGGAGAACAUCACACCGGGACGGACAAAGCCCAAGUCUCCAAAGCUUCCCGUUGCAACGUCCUCAAAACGACGGCCUUUACAGGAGGUCCCCGAUUCUGACGAAGAUCUCGACGACACUGAAGACGACACUGGGGAUGAGGCUGAGGAACUAGGCGAUGUGACAAUCCAGAAACAAGAGCUCGUACCAUCUGACCACCAAGACAAAGCUGCUAUUGAAGACGAACCAGAACCACCGGAGACUUACUAUGGUGGCUUGGGUGAUGAGACACAAGCCGAGAUUCUCUCGUCAGAGCACCUACCUAGCCACGAGCCUGAUGUGGACACAGAGGAAGACGAUACAAUCAUGCCUGAACCUCCCCAAGCUAAACUUCCACAACCUGUCCCGGAAGGAGAAGAGGAAGAAGGCGCUGGGCCUUCUUCGGCCUCUGUUAUAGAACAGACACCAGCUUCCUCGCCAUUCGCGGAGGCACCGGAUGAGAAUAUACCAGCAACGCAAGGCUCCGCGUACACUCAAGGUCUCGACAGUCAACGUGUACCCCUCGAGGUCAUCCACUCUCUCGGUCCGCAAACUCCGCGCUCCGACAUCAUGGUCUCACUUCAUCCAGAGCACGUAGCGAAGAUCGUCGAUGGUACUAAAAACCAUGAGUUCAGAGCCUGGAAGAUACCGCCUGAUGUCUCCCGUGUCUGGAUUUACAUCACAAAGCCGGAGUCUGAAUUGAAAUACAUGUGUCGUUUUGGACCUGCAAAAACUCCCGGUGAGAUUGAGGAUGAAGGAGGCAUCGGAAAUACUGAGUUCAACCAGGGAAGGAGGUUCAUGAAGUAUGCAUACGAGAUUCUUCAGGUAUAUCAACUCAACAAUCCGGUCUCCUUGCAGGAUAUGAAAACCAAGGGCUGGGUAGCUGGUGCGCCGCAGAAGUACACUUUCAUCCCGCCGGCGGUAGUUGGGGAGCUUACGGCAAACUUGAGAUGCGCCUUGUUCGGCGAAGAGGCGGUAGCAGGAUUUGUGGGAAGUAGUCCCAACCUCACAGAAUCGCAGGAGCUCAAGGCUCAGAUCCAAAGUGACGUGGAAUAUUCGACUCAGCAUCACUCAUCCGAAGGUGUGAACGAGGUGGUCUCCUCGAGCCAGACGCCACGCAAACCGGCAUCGAAGCAAGGCAACGGCACUGGGGCUGGCAGCGGCUUUGUCAGGCCCGCUCUACCCAAGGCACAAUCGGGCUCUUCCACGCAAGGGUUGCCACCGCUUCCCAGCCAGCGACCCCACGCCUUCGUGCGGCCUUCUCAGGCUACCACGGCGAGCCAAGUGUCGAGUCCGGCUAUUUCUCCCGAGAAGUCGGCCCCUCGACUGAUUACCAUCUCUAGCCAGUCGCGAUCCAGCGAGCUACGCGGCAGCAGUCCGAGCGUCCUUCAUCAUACACACUCUCUGCGAUCUUCGCAGUUCCCUACGAGGAGCCAGAUGCUGCCGGACAGCUUGGUCAACGACGAGAUACAGGAACCUCCGCCCAUCAUCUGGGACUCGGCGGAUGAGUCGGACUAA